CUCUAUCGUCUUUGGGUCUUUGCACAAGCACCGGCAGCCUUUGAAAAAGUCCUGAAACCUUAAAAAUUCAUACACGUCUCUCCGUUAACCCUUUACUCGUGCCGAUCUCCCCGGAUUCGCACGUGCCACCACGUACUCCUGCACUUAUAUUCCCUCACAAACUCUCCCUCCUACAUCUUUCAAACCCACCUUUACUCACUUUCCUCUUCUUCUUUGUCUCUCUGCUAUGGCUGCCAUUGAAGCUUCUUCGCAUGCCCCAACACCGCUGCUGAAAGAUGAGCUUGAUAUUGUGAUCCCCACCAUCAGGAACCUGGACUUCCUUGAGAUGUGGAGGCCAUUCUUCGAGCCUUACCACCUCAUCAUCGUCCAAGAUGGCGAUCCUUCAAAGAUCAUCAAGGUCCCGGAUGGCUUUGACUACGAGCUCUAUAACCGCAAUGACAUCAACAGGAUUCUGGGUCCUAAGGCCUCCUGCAUUUCCUUCAAGGACUCUGCCUGCCGCUGCUUUGGCUACAUGGUGUCUAAGAAGAAGUAUAUCUUCACUAUUGACGACGACUGCUUUGUUGCGAAAGAUCCAUCUGGAAGAUCAAUUAACGCCCUUGAGCAGCACAUCAAGAACCUCCUCUGCCCAUCCACCCCUCAUUUUUUCAAUACCCUGUAUGAUCCUUUCCGAGAAGGCGCAGAUUUUGUCCGUGGAUACCCUUUUAGCCUUCGUGAGGGAGCCAAAACGGCUGUUUCUCAUGGCCUCUGGCUCAACAUCCCAGAUUAUGAUGCUCCUACACAGCUCGUGAAGCCUCUCGAGAGGAACACUAGGUAUGUGGAUGCAGUCCUGACAAUCCCCAAGGGAACCUUGUUCCCCAUGUGUGGUAUGAAUUUAGCAUUCGAUCGUGAGCUUAUUGGUCCAGCAAUGUACUUUGGUCUCAUGGGUGAUGGUCAGCCUAUUGGACGUUAUGAUGAUAUGUGGGCUGGCUGGUGCAUCAAGGUGAUAUGCGACCAUUUGGGAUUGGGAGUCAAGACCGGUCUGCCCUAUAUCUGGCACAGCAAAGCCAGUAACCCAUUUGUGAAUCUGAAGAAGGAGUACAAAGGCAUCUUCUGGCAGGAGGAGAUCAUCCCAUUCUUCCAAUCAGCUGUCCUUCCAAAAGACUGCACCUCUGUUCAGAACUGCUACCUUGAACUGUCCAAGCAGGUUAAGGAAAAGCUUGCCAAGGUAGAUCCCUACUUUGACAAGCUGGCAGACGCCAUGGUCACAUGGAUUGAAGCUUGGGAUGAACUAAACUCAGGUGGGGCUUCAGAUAAGCUUCCCAAUGGGAAGGCUUAAAAAAAAUUUUGAUCGACAGCGAAUACCAUUAUUUUACUGUAAGAGUUGUUGGAACUAUCAGUAGUCUUAGCAAUUGUGCUAUUAAUUAUCUUCUCUCUGACCUAUUUCGGAUAUGCAGAUUGUUGGGUGUAAUUUUACUUAUAAACUUGAUGGUAUGAGUUUUAGAGCAAUAAAAUACUCCAGUUGAUUUACCA